CGCCAGCUUCUCUCGCUGGCCCGCGCGCUGCCGGCUCUGCCUGCGCCAGGAGCGCGCGGGUGCGCGCGGCCGCGCCCUCGCACAGAUCCCAGCCCGGUCACCCGCACUGAGUCAACAGACUGAGCGCGUCCAGGCCUGACAGCUCUGCGGCUCGGGCCCUGAGGUUUAUUCAGAAAACAUGUCCACUGCAAUUAGGGAGGUGGGAGUUUGGAGACAGACCAGAACACUUCUACUGAAGAAUUACUUAAUUAAAUGCAGAACCAAAAAGAGUAGUGUUCAGGAAAUUCUUUUUCCACUAUUUUUUUUAUUUUGGUUAAUAUUAAUUAGCAUGAUGCAUCCAAAUAAGAAAUAUGAAGAAGUGCCUAAUAUAGAACUUAAUCCUAUGGACAAAUUUACUCUUUCUAAUCUAAUUCUUGGAUAUACUCCAGUGACUAAUAUUACAAGCAGCAUCAUGCACAAAGUGUCUACUGAUCAUCUACCUGAUGUCAUAAUUCCUGAAGAAUAUACAAAUGAAAAAGAAAUGUUAACAUCCAGUCUUUCUAAGCCAAGCAACUUUGUAGGUGUGGUUUUCAAAGACUCCAUGUCCUAUGAACUUCGUUUUUUUCCUGAUAUGAUUCCAGUAUCUUCUAUUUAUAUGGAUUCAAGAGCUGGCUGUUCAAAAUCAUGUGAGGCUGCUCAGUACUGGUCCUCAGGUUUCACAGUUUUACAAGCAUCCAUAGAUGCUGCCAUUAUACAGUUGAAGACCAAUGUUUCUCUUUGGAAGGAGCUGGAGUCAACUAAAGCUGUUAUUAUGGGAGAAACUGCUGUUGUAGAAAUAGAUACCUUUCCCCGAGGAGUAAUUUUAAUAUACCUAGUUAUAGCAUUUUCACCUUUUGGAUACUUUUUGGCAAUUCAUGUCGUAGCAGAAAAAGAAAAAAAAAUAAAAGAAUUUUUAAAGAUAAUGGGACUUCGUGAUACUGCCUUUUGGCUUUCCUGGGUUCUUCUAUAUACAAGUCUAAUUUUUCUUAUGUCCCUUCUUAUGGCAGUCAUUGCAACAGCUUCUUUGUUAUUUCCUCAAAGUAGCAGCAUUGUGAUAUUUCUGCUUUUUUUCCUUUAUGGAUUAUCAUCUGUAUUUUUUGCUUUAAUGCUGACACCUCUUUUUAAAAAAUCAAAACAUGUGGGAAUAGUUGAAUUUUUUGUUACUGUGGCUUUUGGAUUUAUUGGCCUUAUGAUAAUCCUCAUAGAAAGUUUUCCCAAAUCGUUAGUGUGGCUUUUCAGUCCUUUCUGUCACUGUACUUUUGUGAUUGGUAUUGCACAGGUCAUGCAUUUAGAAGAUUUUAAUGAAGGUGCUUUAUUUUCAAAUUUGACUGCAGGCCCGUAUCCUCUAAUUAUUACAAUUAUCAUGCUCACACUUAAUAGUAUAUUCUAUGUCCUCUUGGCUGUCUAUCUUGAUCAAGUCAUUCCAGGGGAAUUUGGCUUACGGAGAUCAUCUUUGUAUUUUCUGAAGCCUUCAUAUUGGUCAAAGAGCAAAAGAAAUUAUGAGGAGUUAUCAGAGGGCAAUGUUAAUGGAAAUAUUAGUUUUAGUGAAAUUAUUGAGCCUGUUUCUUCAGAAUUUGUAGGAAAAGAAGCCAUAAGAAUUAGUGGUAUUCAGAAGACAUACAGAAAGAAGGGUGAAAGUGUGGAGGCUUUGAGAAAUUUGUCGUUUGACAUAUAUGAGGGUCAGAUUACUGCCUUACUUGGCCACAGUGGAACAGGAAAGAGUACAUUGAUAAAUAUUCUUUGUGGACUCUGCCCACCUUCUGAUGGGUUUGCAUCUAUAUAUGGACACAGAGUCUCAGAAAUAGAUGAAAUGUUUGAAGCAAGAAAAAUGAUUGGCAUUUGUCCACAGUUAGAUAUACACUUUGAUGUUUUGACAGUAGAAGAGAAUUUAUCAAUUUUGGCUUCAAUCAAAGGGAUACCAGCCAACAAUAUAAUACAAGAAGUGCAGAAGGUUUUACUAGAUUUAGAUAUGCAGACUAUCAAAGAUAACCAAGCUAAAAAAUUAAGUGGUGGUCAAAAAAGAAAGCUGUCAUUAGGAAUUGCUGUUCUUGGGAACCCAAAGAUACUGCUGCUAGAUGAACCAACAGCUGGAAUAGACCCCUGUUCUCGACAUAUUGUAUGGAAUCUUUUAAAAUACAGAAAAGCCAAUCGGGUGACAGUGUUCAGUACUCAUUUCAUGGAUGAAGCUGACAUUCUUGCAGAUAGGAAAGCUGUGAUAUCACAAGGAAUGCUGAAAUGUGUUGGUUCUUCAAUGUUCCUCAAAAGUAAAUGGGGGAUUGGCUACCGCCUGAGCAUGUACAUAGACAAAUAUUGUGCCACAGAAUCUCUUUCUUCACUGGUUAAACAACAUAUACCUGGAGCUACUUUAUUACAACAGAAUGACCAACAACUUGUGUAUAGCUUGCCUUUCAAGGACAUGGACAAAUUUUCAGGUUUGUUUUCUGCCCUAGACAGUCAUUCAAAUUUGGGUGUCAUUUCUUAUGGUGUUUCCAUGACAACUUUGGAAGACGUAUUUUUAAAGCUAGAAGUUGAAGCAGAAAUUGACCAAGCAGAUUAUAGUGUAUUUACUCAGCAGCCACUGGAGGAAGAAAUGGAUUCAAAAUCUUUUGAUGAAAUGGAACAGAGCUUACUUAUUCUUUCUGAAACAAAGGCUUCUCUAGUGAGCACCAUGAGCCUUUGGAAACAACAGAUGUAUACAAUAGCAAAGUUUCAUUUCUUUACCUUGAAACGUGAAAGUAAAUCAGUGAGAUCAGUGUUGCUUCUGCUUUUAAUUUUUUUCACAGUUCAGAUUUUUAUGUUUUUGGUGCAUCACUCUUUUAAAAAUGCUGUGGUUCCCAUCAAACUUGUUCCAGACUUAUAUUUUCUAAAACCUGGAGACAAACCUCAUAAAUACAAAACAAGUCUGCUUCUUCAAAAUUCUACUGACUCAGAUAUCGGUGAUCUUAUUAGCUUUUUCACAAGCCAGAACAUAAUGGUGACGAUGAUUAAUGACAGUGACUAUGUAUCCAUGGCUCCCCAUAGUGCGGCUUUAAAUGUGAUGCAUUCAGGAAAGGACUAUGUUUUUGCAGCUGUUUUCAACAGUACUAUGGUUUAUUCUUUACCUAUAUUAGUGAAUAUCAUUAGUAACUACUAUCUUUAUCAUUUAAAUGUGACUGAAACCAUCCAGAUCUGGAGUACCCCAUUCUUUCAAGAAAUUACCGACAUAGUUUUUAAAAUUGAGCUGUAUUUUCAAGCGGCUUUGCUUGGAAUCAUUGUUACUGCAAUGCCACCUUACUUUGCCAUGGAAAAUGCAGAGAAUCAUAAGAUCAAAGCUUAUACUCAACUUAAACUUUCAGGUCUUUUGCCAUCUGCAUAUUGGAUUGGACAAGCUGUUGUUGAUAUCCCCUUAUUUUUUAUCAUUCUUAUUUUGAUGCUAGGAAGCUUAUUGGCAUUUCAUUAUGGAUUAUAUUUUUAUACUGUAAAGUUCCUUGCUGUGGUUUUUUGCCUUAUUGGUUAUGUUCCAUCAGUUAUUCUGUUCACUUAUAUUGCUUCUUUCACCUUUAAGAAAAUUUUAAAUACCAAAGAAUUUUGGUCAUUUAUCUAUUCUGUGACAGCGUUGGCUUGUAUUGCAAUCACUGAAAUAACUUUCUUUAUGGGAUACACAAUUGCAACUAUUCUUCAUUAUGCCUUUUGUAUCACCAUUCCAGUCUAUCCACUUCUAGGUUGCCUGAUUUCUUUCAUAAAGAUUUCUUGGAAGAAUGUACGAAAAAAUGCGGACACCUAUAAUCCGUGGGAUAGGCUUUCAGUAGCUGUUAUAUUGCCUUACCUGCAGUGUGUACUGUGGAUUUUCCUCUUACAAUACUAUGAGAAAAAAUAUGGAGGCAGAUCAAUAAGAAAAGAUCCCUUUUUCAGAAACCUUUCAACAAAGUCCAAAAAUAGGAAGCUUCCAGAACCACCAAACAAUGAAGAUGAAGAUGAAGAUGUCAAAGCUGAAAGACUAAAGGUCAAAGAGCUGAUGAGUUGCCAGUGUUGUGAGGAGAAACCAUCCAUUAUGGUCAGCAAUUUGCAUAAAGAAUAUGAUGACAAGAAAGAUUUUCUUUCAAGAAAAGUAAAGAAAGUGGCAACUAAAUACAUCUCUUUCUGUGUGAAAAAAGGAGAGAUCUUAGGACUGUUGGGUCCAAAUGGUGCUGGCAAAAGCACAAUUAUUAAUAUUCUGGUUGGUGAUAUUGAACCAACUUCAGGCCAGGUAUUUUUAGGAGAUUAUUCUUCAGAGACAAGUGAAGAUGAUGAUUCACUGAAGUGUAUGGGUUACUGUCCUCAGAUAAACCCUUUGUGGCCAGAUACUACAUUGCAGGAACAUUUUGAAAUUUAUGGAGCUGUCAAAGGAAUGAGUGCAAGUGACAUGAAAGAAGUCAUAAGUCGAAUAACAAAUGCACUUGAUUUAAAAGAACAUCUUCAGAAAACUGUAAAGAAACUACCUGCAGGAAUCAAACGAAAGUUGUGUUUUGCUCUAAGUAUGCUAGGGAAUCCUCAGAUUACUUUGCUAGAUGAACCAUCUACAGGUAUGGAUCCCAAAGCCAAACAGCACAUGUGGCGAGCAAUUCGAACUGCAUUUAAAAACAAAAAGCGGGCUGCUAUUCUGACCACUCACUAUAUGGAGGAGGCAGAGGCUGUCUGUGAUCGAGUAGCUAUCAUGGUGUCUGGGCAGUUAAGAUGUAUCGGAACAGUACAACAUCUAAAGAGUAAAUUUGGAAAAGGCUACUUUUUGGAAAUUAAAUUGAAGGACUGGAUAGAAAACCUAGAAGUAGACCGCCUUCAAAGAGAAAUUCAGUAUAUUUUCCCAAAUGCAAGCCGUCAGGAAAGUUUUUCUUCUAUUUUGGCUUAUAAAAUUCCUAAGGAAGAUGUUCAGUCCCUUUCACAAUCUUUUUUUAAGCUGGAAGAAGCUAAACAUGCUUUUGCCAUUGAAGAAUAUAGCUUUUCUCAAGCAACAUUGGAACAGGUUUUUGUAGAACUCACUAAAGAACAAGAGGAGGAAGAUAAUAGUUGUGGAACUUUAAACAGCACACUUUGGUGGGAAAGAACACAAGAAGAUAGAGUAGUAUUUUGAAUUUGUAUUGUUCAGUCUGCUUACUGGGACUUAUUUCUUUUUCACUUAAUUUUAACUUUGGUUUAAAAAGUUUUUUAUUGGAAUGGUAACUGGAGAACCAUGAACGCACUUGAAAUUUUUCUAAGCUCCUUAAUUGAAAUGCUGUGGUUGUGUGUUUUGCUUUUCUUUAAAUAAAACUUAUGUAUAAUUAAGUGAAGCUGCAUGUUUGUAUUGAAGUAUAUUGAACUAUAUAGUUUGUAUGUCAUCUUUUUCACCAUUCAGAAACAGCGCUUCUGAAUUUAUGAUUUAAAGGAAUAGUGAUAGAAUAGUUUUAUUUUGAAGUUAUCUUUAAGUUUAUGCCAUCUUCUUAAAUAAGUAUGUAAUGUUCCAAUCUAAAUAAAAAACUAAUUCGUAACUAAUGCAUAGAAAAGAUACGUAAAGCAAUGUGAAAGUUUCUUGCUUCUCCUUUUUAAUUUCUAAAAAAACCACUUUGAAUGGAAGUUGUCAUCCGUAAAAGCUGAAGUGUAAGCACUAGGAAAUCUCAGUAUAGAGAUUGGAGGAAAGUUAUAUCCACUAGGUGGCAGUCAUUGAUCAUAAUAAGUGAAAUGAGCCAUUGUUCUAGUACAUGAUUUUAGGCAUAGGUAAUUAGGUAUGUGAAAUUACAUUUCUGUUAUUUAAAGUAAAAUUCAGAAGGUUUUAGUUAUUAUAAUUAAAGGAAGACUGUGUGUAUAAUCUUAUGUAGUAGUCUGAUACUUUGACUCUGUGGCUAGAAUGACAGUUAUCUAUGGAGGUGGAAGAAUUAAGCCAUAGCUUUUCCCUCAUCACUCUUGGAACAUAUACAUUUUUUGUCAUCUUCCUUGCAAAGGGCACAUUUAAUUUUGUUCUUGAAUAAAAUAUUUUAUUGGG